AUGUCCCCGGUAGAGUAUCGUACCAUCCUUAAAUACUGGCUUAUGAUUUUCUUAUUUCGUGUUGAUGAGAAAGUGGUCCCUGUGAAUUUCUUGACAGAUCCACUAGAUGGGAAAUCGACUCUUAAGCCAACAGAUGUUCUGAUGUAUGAGUGGGUAGGAGAGAUACAUGCAUGUUUAGACUUGACCGGAGUUUCCCCACAGGUGGGACUAAGGACUGGUGGUUUCAAUGUGGAAUAG